GGGACAAGAACGUCCCGCCUUGACGCUCAUUGAAGAAGAAGAGGAAUGGUCUCUGAUUUCCAUCUUUCUCUCGAGAAUCUCAAACAUGGCGGAUAAACUCUGUAAGCUGUUCGUCGGAGGGCUGAAUGUGGAAACCACGGAUGAAGGCCUCCGUGCGUAUUUCGAGCAGUACGGGGUGCUCACCGACUGUGUUGUGGUAAUGAACCAGCAACUCGGACGGUCCCGCUGUUUCGGCUUCAUCACCUACUCGACACCAGAGGAGACCGACGCAGCAAUGGCUGCUAAGCCACAUGUCGUCGACGGCAACAACGUGGAACUGAAGAGGGCCAUAGCUCGAGAAGACGCCAACAACCCGGACAUUCUCGCUAACGUCAAGAAAAUCUUCGUCGGCGGCGUGAAAGACCACAUCGAGGCUGAAAAUCUGACCGAGUACUUUUCGCAGUUCGGCGCCGUGGAGAAGUCUGAAAUCAUCUCCGACAAGCAGACCGGCAGGAGGCGAGGCUUCGGCUUUGUCUUCUUUGAGGAUACCGACUCCGCCACCAAAGCCGUGCUCAACAAAUACCACACGAUUAACGGGAACAAGGUGGAGGUGAAGAAAGCCCUCACGAAGCAAGAAAUGACCGGCGGUGGCGGUCGAGGAGGAAGAGGACGAGGAAGAGGAAUGCAGAACUUCGGUGGCGGGAGAGGAGGAGGAGGCGAUGGCAGCUACGGAGGAGGUUACGGUGGCGGCUAUGGCGGGAGUUACGGAGGUGGCUACGGCUAUGGCGGAGGCUACUACGGUGGUAGCGGCGGCUACGGGGGCUAUGGAGGAUACAACGGGUAUGACAACAGCGAGAUGGGAGGCGGAUACAGCAACGGUGACUUUGGUGAGGGCUAUGGACAGCAACAGUCCAGCUAUGGCGCAAUGAAGGGCGGCAAUUAUUCCUACAGGAGCGGGGCUCCCUACAGAGGCGCAGGAGGAGGCGUGGGCCCCGCCCGGGGUGGUGGGUUUAGCGGUGGCUAUUAGUUGCGCGAUGAAACCGAAAAAGAAAAUUAAUGUAGACACUUGAACGAACUUCAAUUUAUAUACACAUCCCAGGUGGGGUUGGUCUUUGGUCGAAUAAAAUCGAGUUGUGCCCGUCACCUACACAUUGAGAAUGAAUGAAACCCGCCACCUUCACUCGGACUCCCAUCUGUUCCUUUUUGUUCUACCCUUAAUGGACAUUAUGACUUUGAAUUGUGACUCAUCAUACUGUUCUUUUGUUUCAGAAAGACCUCAGUUGUUCCUUUUGUGAAGCCGUAAUGUCUCAGUCCCUGCUUCUUGCAAACCAGUCAGAUGUGAUUAUUUUUGUAUCAUGAACUCAGGGUUAAAGUGAUGUUGGUGUCAGUGUGGCGCUAAACGAGGCUUGAUUGCUUGAGUUUCUUGAUCUUAAAACGAGUAAAACAACUGAAACUGUCACGGAGUGUUAACUGUAAAUUUCUGCAUUAAUUUUACCUCGCCGUCCCAUUUUAGGCUUCCUUUUUAUUUUUUUUGACAAAUUGUUUGAAGUGGAUGUGUUCAUUUUACCCUUGUGUUUUACUCUUUUAUUAAAACUUUUUAAUGUU